CCGGCAGUCGGCCCAGGGCGCGUCUGGCGGCGGAGUGGCUGUGCCGCGGCUCCCCCUCCCCUGCCAGCUAGGAACUUGGAAACUUUGGCACAAUGCCGCUGUGCCACUGUGCAGUGCAACAUAGUGAAUCAGACAUGGAGGGGUUCCAUUUUGCACCUGCAGGAGGACUGAGGGUAUAUCUCUACUGGAAGGAGCGGGAAGAGAUGGAACAGUACCAGACUUACACACAGGGGACUCCUUGUGCUGAAGAGAUCUGCAUUGAUAUUGCACAGAAAAUUGGGAUUGUGCCAAUCUGCUACAGUUUAUUCGCCCUCUAUGAUCCACAAUCCAAACUGUGGUUCCCUCCCAAUCAUGUGUUUGAUAUUGAAAGUGGCAUCAAGUUGACCCUGCAUUUCCGGAUGAGGUAUUAUUUCCGAAACUGGCAUGGGACAAAUAACAAAGAGCCAGCUGUCUAUCGCAACAUUCCUCACCAAAAUGACUCGGAGGACAAGUCACAGAAAAGCGAGCAAGACGGUGCCUUGCUGGAUAAGUCAUCAUUUGAGUAUCUCUUUGAACAAGGGAAACAUGACUUCAUAAAUGAUGUAGCUUCUCUAAAAGACCUUCGCACUGAACAGGAAAUUCACCAGUUUGAACAUGAGAGCCUGGGCAUGGCUGUCUUACACCUGUGCCACAUUGCCCUCAAGAUGGGCAUCUCCCUUGAAAAAGUGGCAGAGAAAACCAGUUUCAAGGAGUGCAUUCCGCGUUCCUUCCACCAGCAGAUUCAGCAGAACAAUUACCUGACCAGAUUCCGUAUAAGGACUGUUUUCAAGAAGUUCUUGAAGCACUUCCAACGACACACAGUGAGCACCGGCAAGCUGACAGAGCAGGAUGUGAUGAAAAAGUACCUGGCAACUUUGGAGAACCUGGCCCCACGUUUUGGGAGUGAACUGUUUGCAGUUCUCUCAUUGGAGACACUGUCAGAGGGUGAGAAGGUGCCACUGUACAUUAAUGGAGGGCAUACACAUCUGGAGAACUCCCAUGCCUCUCCUCCCAGCGACAAGCCUGCCACCCAUGAGGUUCUGGUCACAGGCACAGAAGGCAUUCAGUGGCGGCCCAUCUCUGCUGAGAGAUUACAAAGCCAUCCCCAUAGAGGGUAUUUGGGGAAGAAGGCCAAGAUUAAAGACCAUAAGGCCAAAUGGCCCUACCAACCAGUGGAACAACAUGAACAGAAAUGGGUGCACUUUUGUGACUUCCAGGAGAUCACACACAUUGUUGUCAAAGACUGCGAAGUCCGCAUUCACCAUCAAGACAAUAAGUGCCUGGAUCUGACUCUUUCAUCCCAUGAGGCUGCACUCUCCUUGGUUUCACUUGUGGAUGGGUACUUCAGAUUGACAGCUGAUUCUAACCAUUAUCUGUGCCAUGAAGUGGCUCCACCACAGCUGGUUCUGAGCAUCCAGAAUGGUAUCCAUGGCCCUAUGCAGGAGGAAUUCAUUUUGGCUAAACUGAAGUGGGAGGAACAGGAGGAGGGGCUGUAUGUCCUCCGUUGGAGCGCCCUUGACUUCAAUAGAUUGAUCUUGUCUGUAAUGAGGAGAGGCCAGAACUUGCAGUUCCUAGAUUCCUCAAGCUACAGACACUUCCGGAUCCAAAAGAAGGACAAAACCUUUGUGCUUGAAGGCUGGGAGCAGGAGUUCCCUAGUAUCCAAGAGCUGAUGAAUGCUCUCAAAGGCUGCACACUAAGAUCUGGAAAUGAGAUCUUCAUUUUAAAGAGGUGUUGUCUCCCCAAGCCAGGAGAAAUCUCAAACUUGCUGAUCACACGAAAAGUGAAGGCCAGCGCUCGGCCAAUUCUGAAUUUGACCCAGCUGAGCUUCCAUCAAAUCCGAAAGAAUGAGAUCUCUCAGAGAGCCCACCUGGGACAAGGGACACGUACAAACAUUUAUGACGGUGUGCUACAUGUGUGCAGUGGGGCCAACGGGGAUGAUGAGACAGAAUAUUUUUCCACUGAGCAGAACAACAAUAGCCGUGAGAUGCAUGUAGUGCUCAAGAUGCUGGACCCUAGCCACAGGGACAUUGCACUGGCAUUCUUUGAAACAGCCAGCCUGAUGAGCCAGGUCUCCCACAUCCAUUUGGCUUUUGUUCACGGGGUUUGUGUAUGGGGCUCAGAAAAUAUAAUGGUGGAAGAGUACAUUGAACAUGGUCCCCUGGAUGUCUUCUUGCGGAAAAACAAAGGGCGGAUAACAGUGGGCUGGAAAUUCACUGUUGCUGCACAGUUAGCUAGCGCCCUGACUUAUUUGGAAGGCAAAAACCUGGUGCAUGGCAACGUAUGUGCCAAGAACAUCUUGUUGGCUAGGAAAGGCUUGGAUGAUGGCUUGAUGCCCUUCAUCAAGCUCAGUGACCCUGGAGUCAGCUUCACAGUACUCUCCCGAGAAGAGCGGGUUGACAGGAUCCCAUGGAUUGCUCCAGAAUGUGUUAAAAAUGUGAGCAACCUCAGUACGGCGGCUGACAAGUGGAGCUUUGGUACUACUCUCCUGGAGAUAUGCUUUGAUGCAGAUGUGCCACUAAAAGAACGUACUCCUUCUGAGAAAGAGCGUUUCUAUGAGAAAAAACAUCACCUUCCGGAGCCAUCUUUCAAAGAAUUAGCUGUGUUAAUCAGCCAGUGCCUGAACUAUGCUCCUGCGGAGCGGCCAUCAUUCCGGACCAUCUUGCGAGACCUUACGCAACUACAGCCACAUAACCCCCUUGACAUCACAUCUGUGAAUCCCGAAUUUCCAGUAUCUGACCCAACUGUCUUUCAGAAGCGGUAUCUGAAAAAGAUCCGAGAUCUGGGUGAGGGUCACUUUGGCAAAGUGAGUCUGUACUGCUAUGAUCCUACCAAUGAUGGCACUGGUGAGAUGGUGGCAGUGAAGUCACUGAAAUCAGGCUGUAGCCAACAGCUGCUGACCAGCUGGAAAAAGGAAAUUGAGAUCCUGAAGACACUUUACCACGAGAACAUUGUCAAAUACAAGGGUUGCUGUAGUGAGCAAGGGGAAAAGAUGGUGCAGCUUAUUAUGGAAUAUGUGCCUUUGGGGAGUCUGAGGGAUUAUCUUCCCAAGCACAGUGUCAGCCUGGCCCAUAUUCUCCUCUUUGCUCAGCAGAUCUGUGAGGGAAUGGCUUAUCUUCACUCCCUGCGCUACAUCCACAGGGAUCUGGCAGCCAGAAAUGUACUCCUGGAGAAUGAGAACGUUGUGAAAAUUGGAGACUUUGGUCUUGCCAAAGCCAUCCCUGAAGGUCAUGAGUAUUACCGUGUCUGUGAAGAUGGAGACAGCCCUGUCUUUUGGUAUGCUGUGGAGUGCCUGAAGGAGUGUAAAUUCUAUUAUGCCUCUGAUGUUUGGUCCUUUGGGGUUACUUUAUAUGAACUCCUAACACGCUGUGAUUCAAGUCAGAGCCCUCCAGUGAAAUUCAUUGAGAUGAUUGGAGCAACUCAGGGCCAAAUGACAGUACUGAGGCUUAUAGAGCUUUUGGAUAGAGGGAAAAGGCUGCCCAGCCCAAAGGACUGUCCAUAUGAGAUUUACCGCUUGAUGAAAAACUGUUGGGAAUCAGAAGCUUCAUUCCGGCCAGCCUUCACAAACCUUGUCCCCAUCCUCAGAACCUUCCAUGAAAAGUACAGGGCCCAGGCCCCCUCAGUGUUCAACCUGUGCUGAGCAGGAUGCAAAGACUUUCAGCCAAAGACCAUACUCUUACCUGCACUCUGUGUCUUGAUACUGUCUGUGUGUGCCUGGAAUGCCACAGUGCCAUGGAAGCUGCUUCAAAAUAUCAUAAUGCGUUGGAACUCUUACUGUUUUGUUGUUCAGAGCCCCAACGCAGAGUUUUCUGCCUUAUCCCUUUUUUUCUGUGUACCAAAUGUGACGGUGUUUAAGGGAAAACCCACAUCUUUUUUCAUCAUAAGCAGAGGUUGCUUAUGAAACAGUGUAUAAUGCUGCACCAAACUCUGGCCUGAGGAAUCUGGAAAGCCUUGAGACUUAGUCUGAAUACAGGAUAUCACAGGUGCAGGGAAGUGAGUAAAUGAAAUGACUUCUUCGUUGUCUUUUUAAUGGACUGCUGAGCCUGUUGGUCUGCUGCAGACAGAUAAUGCAGCUUGGAUUUAAAAGAGACUGGGAAGGAAGCCAAGAUCUUCAAGCGCAAUAAUCGCUAUAGGUAAUGUUUCUCUUGGACUAGGUCUUUCUUGCUACAAGGAAAUGUGCUAUUUCUGGGACUAUUUUCAAAGCAAAUGCUUUGGACUCCCAAAAAUCCCUGAACUGGCCUUUGUUCCCAUUCACCUGGUAUCUGUGUAUUUCAGAAUUGCUGGGGCUCUUACAUCUCUUCGAUUCCACCAUCUUCCACAUAGAGUAUAGACAUCUUUUCACUUCCUUUCUGGAGGAGGCCCUCUUCUCAACCCUCUAGAAAUCCAGAUGUGGAGCCAGAUGCACACUCAGCUGACUAGAGAAGUGAAUGUUUGCUCAUAUUUUGUAUCCCCAUAUAGAAGUCUUGGGUUUGCUCCCAAAGAGAUGUCCCUGAAGUCUCCAAAGGGGAUAAAGAAAAGGUACUAUUUUUUCAGAAAUGCAUUGCACUCAUGAGAAUUCGCCUGCUGUGUAAGCUUUGUCAGAGCCCACUUUGCUUUCUAGAUAAUAUAAGCAGACAUUUCUGUAUUGUUGUCCCAAGAACCAUUCUUCAAACAUUUGGUUGUUUUGAACCAGAAAUCUUCCCACCCCUUGCUUCUAUCAAUCAGAAGCUUUAAAUUUGAAGUUGAGGGAGGCAAAAAGAGGGUAGGCCUCAAAUCAUAUCACAGUUUUAUGGGAAAUGCCCUUUGACCACUAACUUGGUUGCUACUGCCUAGAAACUGGGCAUCAUGUAGCUAAGUAACAGCGGUUCCUGCUGGAAUCCCACAUCCUGAGAGAGAGAGAGAAAGAGAGGGAGGGAGGAAAAAACCCAGUUGCCUCAUACAUCUCAGGGCUGUGAUGUCACUUAGCUAAUUUAGUUUAAAAAAAUACUACUUGCUGUUGAAGCCACAGCUAUUUGCAUUCCAAAACUUUAGUCAUUCUCCAUUCUUACCAAACCUAGUUUGGGCAGAGUCAGCUGUUUUCAUAGGCACAUUUCAGAUCCUGUUGGAGGUGUUGCAGGCUCCAAAUUAUGUUCAGGAUCUUUAGGGUGCUGCAAAGCUGGGCUAAUGGUUGCCCUCAAUACAAAUUCCUCCCUUGCCAACUUGCACUCUUGGGAUCCUGUCCCUUCUUCAUAACUGAGGACUGGGGACUGUUUUGGCAAACCUGAAACUACACAUUAUUAACGAGCCUGUUCCAGGCUGUUUCUGCUUUGAGAAAGAGGGGAGGGAGGACGGCUGUUGACCUGCCUUUUAGGUGGCUCUUAAUAUCAUUAAACAGUACUGUAAGAAUUAAGUAUUUCAAGAGUGUUUUAAAUUUCCCUUCUCACAGAAUGAAAGGAAUGAUCAACAAUCAUUUAUACUUUGGCUAUGCUGUGCAAGCCACUUAGAGCUAUGAAGGGACCAGAUGAGAGUGCUUAUCCCUGCAUGUUUUCCUGCCAUUCCAAUUCACCAAAGGCUCAAAGCAAUCCCUAUUCUGUUUCUAGGUGGUUACUUAGUUGAGGCUUACCACUUUGAAGGAAGGCAAUGAAGAGAAAGGGAAUGCAGGAAGAGUCAGGAGCUUGGGGUUAUUGUUCAUUUUUAGCCAAGCUGAGAUUUUGAACUCUUGACUGAUAUGUAUAUUGAUGUACAGCUCUGAGUAACAAAUGGCCAGAAUUGGAGGAGGCAGGGGUAUCCUAAAACACUCAGUGCUGAACAUUUAUUUCCUGGGGAUCUGAUUAGGGAAAUGCCUACCAAAGAAAAUGAGAACAAAUACAGAAGUGUACAGUUCUUGGAAAUGACAGCUGGCAACUCUAAAUCCAUUGCAGACUGACCAGACAAAACUUUGGUAGAUUCCCUAGAAGGCUCUCAUCACACAACAGGGUGUGGCAGCAUGAAGCAUUGGAUGAGCAUAGCUUUCAGACUUCGUUUCAGGGGCCAAACUCAUGUUGACAUGGUUCAAAUACUGUUUCUGGGAUAGGGGUUGAAGUGUGGGUAGAGCCAGUCAAAUGUAUCAAGACCUUCCACAAGGAAGAUAAGAGCCACUGCAUUACUUUCCUUACCCACUCGUAGCAUACAUAGAUCAGGACUGAGAAAAUUAUGAAACUAGUUCUGUGAGCCUUUGGGAGUUGUGGAAUGCAAUCCUAUGCAUGUUUAUUUGGAAGUAUGUCUUAUUAGGUAUUCGUGUAUAUAGGCUGUAAGAUUUUUGGGGGCUGAUUUUUCCUCAAUCCCUCCCAUUGUGCUUGGUAAAUAGCUUUUGAUGUUGAAAAGAUUUUUAAAAACAGUUUGCCAUAUAUUGUGGCAUUAGCUGUUCGUUUUUUAAACCCCAUUCCAUUGUAUAAGCAUAAACCCCUUCCAUGACCCCAAACAGUUCCUUAGGUAAUAAACUUGAUAGGUUUUUAAAAAUGAUUUUCACUUGGUCUGUGAUACUAGAAGGACUCAAAUUUGUUUACAAGUCUAAAAGACAAAGAGCUAUUCAUAAAACUCAUGGUGUUAAUCACUUAUUUGAGAAUUGUACGCGCACCUAUUGGUAAACUUGUGUUAUUGGCCUUAAAACUAGUCUUAUCUUCCCCUCCCCUGUACAUUUUAUUUUUUGGGUAUAGAAUUGCACCAUGAGCCUGCACUACCAGCCCUAUCUCUGGAGUGUGGAACAAUGCCACCUGUCUUAGCUGAAAAGUAUCUUACAAAGCUAAACUGCAAAACUUCACAGCAUUGUGCCUUUUGCAUCUGGAACUGCACUGAAGAUUUGAGGCAAGGACUUCUUCCACGGAAGGAUGGGCAAGCUUCAGCUCAGCCUUUCUUGCUCUGUCUGUGGCCAAAGCUGCUGUACUUCUGGAUGUGUGUAUGGCGGUGGGGGGUGGGGUGGGGAGUGAGUGUUUAUGGGACGGGGAGAGUGUGUGAGUGCAGAGAGAAUGUGCACAGAAAUCUUGCUGUAAUGUGAAUGUGCUCUGUGUUAGUAGAGCUAAAUGUAAUAUCCUGGGAAGAUCAUUUACAUUUUCUUCAAAUAAACGUCAUAUAACUUUUAGUA